UGGACAAGAAAAACUUCCUCAACAUAAAAGAAGAGUCACACUGGAAAAACACACCCACACUUGUCCAUCAUGGAUGUGUUGCUCUGCGUGUCGUUGUUGUUUGCUGCUGAUGGAGUGUGGAGUUCUGAAGAAGGUGUGUGGGCGGUCCACGUGCAAGCAGAGGUGCGGGCCCUGGCGGGCCACCCGGUGGUGCUGCCGUGCACCUUCAGCCACCCGCCGCAUUCCCAUCAUGCCUCAGUGCAGGUGCGUUGGCGUCUGGGUGGAGCUCAGAGUGUCAACAUCCUCUACCGCUGCACCGGUAAAGUCCCCGUCUGCGAGCCCGGGCCCCACCAGGACCCGCGGUACCGUUUGGAGGGUGACCCCCGCCAGCACGAUCUGUCCCUGCGUAUCAGUGGCACUGCCCUAGGGGACAGUGGACGCUAUUAUUGUGGUUUGGAGGUGGAGGGAAGGGAUCACAAGAGCGUGGAGGACAACCUGGGGACCCGGCUGAGGGUAGAGGCGGCACCCAUCAUCCAUUCCCUGAAAGCGGAAGCCGAUCAGAACUCGAGCUACACGGCCGAAUGCAGAGUGACAGGCUCACCGCCGCCCGACAUCCAGUGGCUAGGACCCGAGCGCCCGCUGGAAGGUUCUACGGCGGGCCCACUGACUUUGACUGGUGACCUCAUCGUUAGCCGGCUGCAGGGCGUGGAACCCGGAUGGCAGGUGACAUGCUCUGCCUCCAACCCCCACGGGAAAGACAAAGCCACCCUCUACUUGCUUCCCCAUCCAGCACCUCCACCCAAAGAUGGAGUGCCCCCUUAUAUUCUGCUGCUGCUGAUUCUUUCUCUGGGGUCAAAGGUCAUCAUGCUGCUGGGGAUUGGAGUGUGGCUGGUGCCUGGAGUAGGCCUCUGGUGGAAGUGACCACCACACCCGUGAGCCCCACUUUGACCAUUUAGAUUUUAGAAUGAUGUUCAAUAAAGUUUUGAUGCUGUGCUUGCUGCCACCUCCUGCUCACUUGAUUCAUUACUACUUUAUUUUCAAGAAGACACAUCUACGAAACAAUGUCAA